GGCGAGGAAGAGCCCAGCCAACCAACCUAUCCAGUUUUACAGUGGAGAAGAGACGUGCAUGAAUUUGAUUGUAUUUGUUAUUAAAUUAUUGAACUAAAUUUAUGAAGAGAGAGAGGUAGGUCGGAGAUUGCGAAUUGCGAUUUGCGAUGCGAAAAGGAAAGGAAAAAAAGGGUUUCCUUUCUUGAAUUGCUGCUUGCUUCUUCUUCUUCUUGUUCACGACUGACAGAUAAGAACAGGUGAGUUGAAUUACUGUGAAGGAGUGAUUGAGUGAGUGGUCAAUGAACAACAGCAGCAGCAGCAGCAGCAGCAGCAUUCUCAUCCAAUUGUUGUUUUCCUCGCCUCCUGCAUGGGCAACUCUAAUCGCAGCUGCAUUUCUCCUCCUAACUCUAACCCUCUCCAUGUAUCUUCUCUUCGAGCAUCUUUCCGCUUACAAGAACCCCGAGGAGCAAAAGUUCCUCAUUGGGGUUAUCCUAAUGGUUCCCUGCUAUUCUUUUGAAUCUUUUGUAUCAUUGGUCAAUCCAUCAAUCAGUGUUGAUUGCGAGAUUCUAAGGGACUGCUACGAAUCCUUUGCCAUGUAUUGCUUUGGAAGAUACCUUGUUGCCUGCCUCGGUGGUGACGAAAGGACUGUUCAAUUUAUGGAAAGACAGGCUCGUCUCUCUGUUAAAGCUCCUCUUCUACAACUUUCUUCUUCUGACAAGGCCAUUGUCAACCAUCCAUUUCCUCUCAACUACUUCCUUAAACCCUGGAAACUUGGUCGCGCCUUCUACCAAAUUGUAAAAUUUGGCAUUGUUCAAUAUAUGCUAACCAAGGCUUUCACUGCUAUUCUCGCUGUAAUCCUUGAAGCUUUUGGAGUCUACUGUGAAGGAGAAUUUAAAGCAGGAUGUGGGUAUCCUUAUAUGGCAGUGGUUCUGAAUUUCAGUCAGUCAUGGGCUUUGUACUGCCUAGUUCAAUUUUAUACAGUUACAAAGGAAGAACUGGCUCAUAUAAAGCCAUUGGCCAAAUUUUUGACAUUUAAAUCAAUUGUGUUCCUCACUUGGUGGCAAGGUGUGGCAAUUGCUCUCCUAUCCACCUUUGGUUUGUUCAAAAGUCCCAUUGCUCAAGGCUUGCAGUUUAAGUCAAGUGUCCAAGAUUUCAUCAUUUGCAUCGAGAUGGGCAUUGCUUCCAUAGUUCACCUGUAUGUGUUUCCAGCAAAGCCUUAUGAGCGAAUGGGAGACCGCUUUUCUGGAAGUGUUUCAGUUCUCGGAGAUUACUCAGCUGACUGUCCUCUGGACCCUGAUGAGAUUAGGGACAGUGAGAGACCCACAAAACUGCGUCUUCCUACGCCGGAUGUUGAUACCAAGAGUGGGAUGACAAUUAGAGAGAGUGUUCGUGAUGUUGUUAUUGGUGGUGGUGGAUAUAUUGUAAAAGAUGUGAAGUUCACUGUCCAUCAAGCAGUGGAGCCUGUGGAAAAGGGUAUCACUAGAUUCAACGAAAAACUACACAGAAUCUCCGAAAAUAUGAAGAAGCAUGACAAAAAUGGAAGAAGAACCAAGGAUGAUAGUUGCAUUGCCUCAUCAUCACCUGCAAGGAGAGUAAUUCGGGGAAUCGAUGACCCCCUCUUGAAUGGGAGUGUCAGCGAUAGUGGGAUGUUGAGGGUGAAGAAGCACCGCCGGAAAUCUGGAUAUACAAGUGCAGAGAGUGGAGGAGAGAGCAGUAGUGAUCAAGGUUUUGGUGGCUACCAGAUUAGAGGCCGUAGGUGGGUUACUAAAGAGUAACCAAUGAUUUAUGGAACAGCUUAUGAGUGGGAGGAACAUGUUUGGCGCAUGAGAGCUCUGGUUGAAAUUUUUUUAUGUAUACCAUUUCUCCCCGGACGAAGUCAUGAUAUUUUUGUGCCGUUGCUAUGAUGGGUCCUUCUGUAUUUAUAUAGAGGUUUCUUCUGGCAGCUUCUCUAAUGCUUUGUACCAAACAAGAAUUUCCAGCAGCUGCCAGAAUAAGCCAGUGUUUGUCGGGGGGGCUAUACAAUGUGAUACUUGGGCUUUUAGUAUUUCUGUUUGAAUGAUAAUGUUAGUUUUAUGCGGUUCAGAGUUUAGAGGAAUACGCAUGCGCAUAGUUUUACUAAUGUAAGUAGAGUUGAUGGAACAUGUUCGCAUUGUGUGGUUUAGGCAUAGGAGUGGAUGAGAGAAAAUGAGAAGAAAAAAAAAAUGGGUAGAUAUAUUUUCUUCUGUUUGAUGGUGGGUACUGGGUAGCGAAGAAAAUGUGUAAGGAAGAGGAAAGAAGUUGCUUAUCUCAAAAAUUAACCUCGUUUCUGCC